AUGAAUACACUUCGCGAAUGGUCCCCGCUGGUGGACCUGGUCAACAAGAUACCAUCGUCCGUGCAGCGUGGCCUCCUCUUUCACGAUGUGUCCAUUACGUGCGUUGACCUGGUAGAAGAGUUCAUCGCACUCGGCAGUAAUGUCGGGCUGGUGUUUUGGUACAACCGAAAGACCGGCACGGUUGAGCGGCUAGCAACGGAUGGUGGCGGUGGCUCACCGGAGCUUACCCGUGUGCGGAUUGCAUCGACGGUCGAGUACAUGGUGGCAGCCGGAUGCCGUGCCGGGCAGGUAAACAUUUUCCAGAUCCCCAAAACCCCACCACCGGACGUUUGUGCCGAGUUGUUGCUGAAGGCGAAACCGAUCGAACGGUACACGGUCCGGGGAUUGCAUCGGGCAGGUGUGUGUGAGCUGGUUUGGUCCAAGAAUGGUAUGCGACUGUUUUCAGGUGAUACGGCCGGUUCUGUAGUGCUGACCGAGAUCGGGUACGCUUCGAAAACGUGUCAAUCGCGGGAAAUCAUCAACGAACGGUACGAAAUUGUACAGAUGGAUCUGUACCGUGGCAAACUGUUGGUUUCGAGCUCGUUCCGCACGGUCAUCUGCAGUCCGGAGGAAGAGGAAGGUGGUCAACGGUGGCGGGUAGCACAGGUCGGCAAGAAAGAUCGGCGAAUGUUGGCACCGUUUGGAGCCGUUUUUGCAUCGGUUCACGGUCGGCAGCAGAUCGUGGCCACCCGCUCCGGCUUUCGGCUGUGGUUGGCCGACGGUGAAGGUAACGUUGCCCAAACGUUGAUAUUCAAGGAGCUGAUGCGUGCGCCGUGUCCUGAGAUUGGGUUGCUUAAUCCGAGCCGUAAUCCUAUCCGGAUACCGACCACCUUCGGGAAGCUUUAUCCGUUCGAGGAUCGCCGGAUGGUAACGGUCGCCAAUGGAGCAUUGUUCCUGCUCGAUCUCGAGCGAAUGGCGGUGGUGGGCAGUUUGACGCGACUCCGCCACAUACUGGAUGUGGCCGUCGAUCGUAAUGAAAUACUCAUCGUGGAAAGUGGACGAUCGUUGGUACGGAUAGGCACACUGCCGGAUAGUAGCCAGUCAACGAUUGUGCUGAAAAAUCUGGAACUGUUCGUUAGUGCGGAAUCGCAAAUUGUACAGGCGGACGAGUGUUGCGAGGAAGCACCGGCGGAGCUACUGGUACACAAUGGAGAGUCACCGGGAAGUUCACUGACCGGUGAUGAUCGAGUCGAUCGGCCGAACGCUGGUGAUGGCGUUGAAGAGGAUGCGCGGCUUAUCGAUAGUCACAUGAAGAAGCUGGAGCUGUUCGACACGCUCAAUGAGCUGAAGUACGACGAAUCGAUACUGUUCAAGAGUGGGCGCAGUCGGCGAAAGCAUCGUUCGAAGCUGACGAACCCAAUCGUUGAGAUUGGACAGAUCCCGAAAGAGAUAGAGCCUGACAAUGGAGAACCUUCCGGCAGCUAGGACAGCUAAGAAAAAGAGGAGG